CGCUUUUUUUAAACUUGCCGAACUUCCCUCCAAAGUUGCCGCGCGCCUUUCCGGAAGAGGCCGGGAGAGCUUCUUUCUUCUUCCUCGCCCUCGAUCUUCUCCUUCCUCUCCUAUAAAUACGUGGCGUUACGCAUGCAUGCAGGAGCAAAGCAGCAACGGGGCGUGGCGUGGCGUGGCCAAGAAUUCGAAUUCCUCGGCGGGCGGCAGGCACGCGCAUAGCGCUAUAGCUUAGCUUGCUUGCUUGUUUGUUCCAUCGCUUUUUCCAAUGGAGAACUGCGUGAGGGGUCGAGCGGGAGGGAGGGUUAGAGAGGACGCGGGUUCGUCGUCGCUGCCCCUGCCUCCGCCGCCGCGCCUAGCGGCCGCGAAUUCCUCGGCGGCGGCGGCGGCGUCCAUCCGGGCGCACCUGGCGCGCACCGCGAGCGGGGUGGACGCGCAGCCGUCGCCGCGGUCGCUGCUGUCGCGUAUCCUGCUGCGUGGCGGCGGCGACGGCGGGAGUGGCGGGGGAGGAGGGUUCGGGUGCCGGGUGCGGCUGCCGCGGCGGUACGGCGGCGGGCUGAGGGAGGAACGGAAGGAUGGCGCCGAGCAGGGAGAGACUCCCCGGGUUAAGGUCGUCGAGCCGCCGCCGCCGCCGCUGCCAGAGCUGCCCCUCGAGACGCCGCGGAGUUCGCUAGGGAGGAAGAAGCCCGAGGAGGAGCUGGUGUCCAUGAACCUGGGCCUGGGCGCGAGCCUGGUGCUCCUGCUGUCCAAGAGCGCCGUGGAGCUGAACAAGAUGGUGGAGCUGCGCGCGCAGAUGGAGGCCCUGGUGUCGGAGAUCAGGCAAGCGUCGCGGUACAGGGAGGAGGAGGAGAAGCAGGCGGCGAGCCACCCUACUUCUGCUGCUGCUGCUGCCGUCGCUGGUCCCGCCACGUCGCAGGAAUCCGACGGCGGCAGUAGCGCCACCACCACCGCCGUGAAGGACCCGAUCGCGUUCCCCGCGGCCGACGCCGACGCCGACGCCGCGUCCAACUGCUCCCGCACGGCGGUGGUGAUGGACCUCAUGGAGGCGGAGCUCCAGGCCGAGCUGAGCCGCAUGCAGCAGCAGCGUGGGCGCGGCGGUACGGUGGUGCACGGCCACGGCGGCGACAGCCGGAUCGCCCCGACGCGAGGACUCGAGUUGCCGCUGCUGAAGGUGAAGACGAAGGGCGACGCCCCCGACAGCGCGUCGCGCAGCUGCGUGGACUACGACGGCGGUGGCUGCGACAAGCACGACGAUAAUGAUGAAGUGGACGGCGAGGGCGAAGAGGACGACGACGGCGAUGAGGAGGAGGAGGAGGAUGACGUGGAGUACGGCGAGGACAGGAUGAGUCCCCCGCACGGCGGCGUGUCGGCGCGCGCGCUGGAGCGGCGGCUCCACGAGCUGCUGCAGAAGCGGCAGCAGGACCGGAUCGUGGAGCUGGAGUCGGCGCUGGACAGCGCGCAGCGGCGGCUCCACGAGAAGGAGCGCGAGGUGGUGUGGUGGCGCGACGCCGCCAAGCUCGUCUCCCACCGCCGCGACGAGUCGCGCCGGAUUGCCACCGCCAGUGCCAGGUAGAGAAACGAGAGAGAGAGAGAGAGAGGUGGCGCGAAAGGCCGGCUGGCCG